AUGCGACAGUCCCCAGCUCCAAAGCGCUGGGGCUCUCCCCGACCAGCGGUGCAGUGCACCAGCUCCCUCCGGCCGGACCCCUUGCUGUGGCUCGUGGCCUGGGGGACUGAGACCUUCCUGGCAUCAGAAGAGUUCCACCGGGAAGCGUCCUCCUCCUCCUCCUGUCCGAAAGCCGUUCGGCGUAGAGCUGCAUCCCUGCCCGUGUUUGAGGUGAGCGAAAUUCGUUCCUCCCUGGGGCUGCUCCCGCCUCCAUCCGCUGCCACCCUGGCGCUGCGCUGCAUGGACGGCGUUUUCCUCUCGCCCGACGAGGAUGAGUUCGUGGGCAGGAUCGCGGAGGAGCUGGAGCAGUUCAUGCUGCAGGGGCAGCACCGCAGGCCUCCAUCCGCUGCCACCCUGGCGCUGCGCUGCAUGGACGGCGUUUUCCUCUCGCCCGACGAGGAUGAGUUCGUGGGCAGGAUCGCGGAGGAGCUGGAGCAGUUCAUGCUGCAGGGACAGCACCGCAGAGUGCUGCUGUUCCCCCCCCUGUCCAGUCGCCUCAGGUACCUGAUCCAUCGGACCGUGGACAACGUGGAUUUGCUGAGCAGCUUCUCCGUGGGAGAAGGAUGGAGGAGGAGGACGGUCAUCUGUCACUCGGCCGUGAGGAUCAAGAGGCCGCCCUGGAAGAAACCAGAUAAAGCCCUGUACGUCCCCAAGGCGAUGCGCAAGAGGGCAGAAUGGGGGGAGCGGGAGAGCCCGGUGGCGGCUGGCACCGAGUCAGGUGGGGUUGUGGCCCAGGAAGGAGAGAUCUGCCCCAAAGCUUCAGUAGCGAAAGCCUGUGCCGACAGCGAGCUGAAGACCAAACCAGCCGGGAUGCCGGUGCAGCGGAGUGCAGCGAAAACUCCUCCCUGUCAGAAAGUCGCAGCGAUUGUGGGUUAUCUCACCGUGAAGGACAUCAGCAUCGAGAAGAUCAGCUUUGAUUAUUCCAGCUACGGAGACGCACAGCUCAGCGAGGGGGAUUUUGGCCACGUAACUGAAAUCUAUGACUUCCCACCGUCGCUGAAAACGGAGAAUCUGUUGGAAGUGUUCUCGGAUUUCCAUGAGAGUGGCUUCAAAAUCCAGUGGGUCGAUGACACGCACGCCCUGGGAAUCUUCUCCAGCCUGUCCUCAGCAUCUCAAGCCCUGGGGCGACGUUACCCUUGUUUAAAGAUCCGACCCUUGAUCCACGCAACAAAGCAGUCGAAGACCAAGGCACUGCAGCGACCAAAGCUCCUUCACCUCGCGAAAGAAAGACCCCAGACCGACACCGCCGUGGCGAAGAGGCUGGUGACGCGGGCUUUGGGUUUGAAGCACAAGCAGCAGGACGUCUCGGGCGCCGAACUGCUCCUGCCCGAGAGCUUGGACCAGGAGGAAUAA